AUGAAGCUUUUUUGUUCUCUUCUCGCAGCAAGCUCAAGCUUAGAAAUCGCAAAAGGGUUGAAAAAAGAUGUCGCUGAGACCAUGGAUUUUUUCCAGACAGUUCAAUUGCGGGCGGAUCAUUUGUUCAGAGAUAUGAUUCAAAUGCACAGAGACAACGUCGAAGAUACUGACAAGCGAAAUCCUGGUCACAUGGAAGCUCAAUUCCGGAAAGACCUGACCGCCAAGCUCGCGGCUCUCAUCGGUAUCAACAACUCCAUCCGUACCGAAACCAAGACGGACACCAAUCGUCUUCACACUCCCUAUUCCAUUUUCGAUUCCAACCCCGAGAGCAGCGAGAAACGACCCGUGAUCGUCUACGCCCACGGUGGCGGCUACGUCGCUAGUUCCGUCGAUCUCUAUUCCAACUUUUUGACUCAUUUGGCGACGGAGACGAAUGCCAUCGUCGUUGCACCGCAUUAUCGACUUGCACCGAGGCGAAUGUGGCCCGGCCAGUUUGAUGAUGUGAAGGAUGUCAUCACCUGGAUCAGCGAUCAUCCAGAAGACCUCAACGCGGAUUUCACGAAAAUGAUCAUCGCCGGCGAUGGAUUAGGAGCUGCGAUUGGUGUUUCCGCGGCGAUGCAAGUUGCUAAGAAUGGGAUCAAGAAAGGAGACGAAUACGUCACGAUUCCAAUCCACGGCGCUGCUCUUCUCCAGCCUCAGCUGCAAAUGCUGAACUUCGACACUCCCAGCUACCGAAAGUACAACAAACUCACUCUCCGAAAAGAAGACAUGGCCUACUCUAUGACUCAUCUUUUCGCUGGAGAGCGCGAUCUUACCCUCCAAGACACGCUCGAAUAUGGACACCUAAUCGACGCAGGAAUGAAAAAUGGCCCAGAAGUCGGCUUCGUCGACCCUGUCAAGUGGCUUUCGAAGGAGACCCUGGGCGAUUAUGUGCCUGAAAACUUGAUUUACGAAGAAACUGAGCACAUGUGGGAGAGAAAGUUGAAAAACAGAAUCACCAACGGUUCCGUCUCGCCGCUGGGGCAAUACGAUAGAAUGCUUCAGAGCAUCAAGAAUUGGUACAUGAACGCGAACGAAAAAGACGUCCUCCACGACGAUGCUGAGAUGAUGAGCAGAAGACUUGCGAAAAUCGACGGGAUGAACGUGAAAUUCGAAGAAACGAAAAAUGCAAUGCACAAUAAUUUCUGUUGGUCCCAGGCUUUCACUGGAAACGAGCUCGUCCAGCUUGGAGAUGAACAAGUCAACGAUUUCAUCAAUGGAAUCAAGGCGCUUUUGAAAAAACCUUCGGCGGCGCAUGAUGAGCUCUAG